AGAAUAAUCUAGAUCUAUACAGAUUAUAGAUUUAGAUGAUGUAUUUAGAGCUAGUCAAGGACUGGACAGUGAUACUGGACUCUGGAAUUAUUCUAAUCUAGUCUAUGAAUAGUGAACCCACUGCGAAGUUAACAAAUUAUGGCGAGCAGUAGAUCUAGACCCUCAGUAAGUAUCAAAGUGCUAAAAGACACAGACGAUUUUGCUGAAAUCUCAAUGAGUUCAGAUCUGAUAACAAUGUUGAUGAAGUAUCCAAGAUCAGAUAAUGGAAAAUCUGAUUACACUGACUCUCCAGUUAUCAAAAAAGCUAAACAAGACAUGAUAGCUAAAGCAACUCAUCCGACAGAAAUAGGAUUACUUACAAAUGCUUCACAUAAAAGUGUGAGAAAAAAGAAGGCAAAAACUAACGCAGAUAACAGUAGUUCUACCUGUUCUUCAAAUGAGACCAUUCACAGUACACAUUUUCCUUCUGGAGAAGCCACACAACAAUCAGGAAAAAAUAGUCCAGUCAUUGACAUAUCUUCAAAGUCUAUAGCAGAUCAUGUGAAGCUUAUAGACAAUACUAACUAUGUAAAACUUAGACUUGAUAAUGCAAGAGGCAUCAAAGAUAUACAUGAGUUAAAGCCUAGUGUGCUAAAUUGUCCAAUCUAUCAACUAGACACAGGAUCAACAGGAGAAAAAGGUAGUGUUCAAGAAUGUUCAGAUGCUAGUGUAUAUCCAGUCAUGUCUGCAUCAAGUAAAACAGUUAUCAAUGCAUAUUCUGAAACAUUGGAGUUUCAGGAAGCUGUAAUUGCUGAUGACAUUCUGACAUCGUUUUGUGCUCAGAAAGAAAACAAUCCUGUCUUGUUGUAUACCAGUGAUGUCUCUGCAUUAUUAGAUGUACAUAAGAAAUCUAUGCCAGUUGUUUUAGAUGCUAAGGCACUCAAAUCACCUAAAGAGCCCAUCCUGAAGUGUACAGCCACUGAAGAUAUUUUUAAACCACCACAAAUAGACAGGAAAGGUACACAUUUUUUAGCAAAAGUCCAGGAUUUUUCUAAGCCACAGGUAGAUUAUAAAGAAAGAGGCCCUUGUAAGCCACACAUGGAACAUGUAGAUAAGGAAACAUCUUUACUUUACUCCGCAACCCUUCAAUUACCUCAGAUGAAAUGUAAAACCAUAUCACAAAAUACUAAUGCUGUCUCUAAAUCAUCUCUAGGACUUAAAAAAAACAAUUUAGUUUCUUCUCAAGCCUCAAAGUCACUGGGAAGAAGUAAAAACAAAAUGGAAAGAAAAAGUGUUAAUCCACCAUCACAACUAGAGCCUAGUGAAAGCUCCACAAUAGACUUGAAUACAUCUCUUGAAAUUCUUGGAAAACAUGAGCAAAGUUCUCAUGCUAACAAUUAUACAUCGUUGAAUAAGUAUGGGAAAAAUUCAAACAUUCGUUUAUCUAAAACACAUAAGAAAAGAAAACAUUCUGUUUGCCAUGAAAAAAAUGUCUGGAAAUCAGUUACUUCACACAGAAAAAGGAAAAUUGUAUGUUCUGAUGAUAGUGAUUUAAUUAAAGAGAGAAAUUCUUACAAUACACAAAAAGAAUCUAUCUUAAAGAUAUCUCAAAAUGAAAGCAUUUCAGAAUUAGCUAUAACAAAUAAUCAAAAGAAGAUGGAUUCAAGAGUCAAAGAAAUAUCUAGACCAAACAGAAAAAGAAGAGAACCUGUCAUUUCAAUCUCUGAUGACAACUCCAAAUCAUCUUUUAUAGAUUUAAAAAGUGGCUCAGUUUCUUCCGAAAGGGAGUUCAAGUUCAACAGCAUUACACAAAAACCAAUCAAAUUGUCGGCAUCAAGUAGUAAUGAUUCACAUUCAUCAAAAUCUCACAAUCAAAAUUCUUCUUUUGUCUCUGAUGCUGACAGUCAUUUCACAUUGUAUGCAAAAAAUAUUUUCAACUCUAGUGACUCUAUUUCCGUAUCAUUCUCAAACAAAGAAAAGAAAUCUGUGAUAUCAAAAGCAGAUAGUUUUAAAUCUUCCAAAAACUUGAAUGAAAAGAAGCAAACAUUUUCUAAAACAUCUAAGUCAUUUCAAGGUCAUAUAGAAAGUAAACCUAAUGCCUUCAAUGUUUUAGAUGUUUCCCUGUCACACACAAGUCAUGAAGAAAGCAACACUGUUUCCUUGAAAGCUGAUGAUAGUUCUAUAUCAUUCAAAGCCCAUAGAAAAAGAAAGUACAAUUCAUCAUGCAAAGAGGACAGAAAAGAUCUUUCUUUGUGUACUGCUGACAACUUUCAUUCAUCUUCAAUCCAUGAAGAAAGUAAAAACAAUGCUGCCAAUUUUGAAUUUCCUCACCAAGAGUAUAAGAAAAAUAAAAUUUAUAAUGUGGAAAAUAUUUCUAAUACUAAUAUUAACUUAGAUUCAAAUGCUGUUGAAAUGCACACUUUAGAGGUAACAGAAACGUGCAUAACUUCAAGUAGUGCCAACAUGUCUCAUUUAGUAAAUAAUGUAAAUAGUUCUAAUGUCAUAAAUACUGCAGGCUCUUCUAAUUUAGAGGACACAAAUGAUGUCAACAUAGUUUUAAAUACAGAAAAAAUCUCUUAUUUAAAGAGUGCUGAAACUGUAGACUUGGUUUCAAAUACUGAAGAUAAUUCUAAUUGUAAGACUACAGAAAAUGUUACCAUUGCUUCAAAUAGGAAAAAUAUUUCCAGGUUAGAAACAAGGGAAAAUAGAAUUAUUAAUGUUUCCAACAUUCAAGAUAGUUCCAGUCCAACUUUGAAUGCAGUGCUAAUAUCACAGUAUUCUGUUGAACCAAGAAGUCUUCAACCUCCUACACAACCGGAAUGGAUCUCAAAGGCUUUACCACACAACAAUCCUCAAUGUUCAUAUGAAACAGACUUUAAAGAAACUUCCACUCUUUCUAUUCCUCCCAAGACAUCACAGAAACACAAAGAUUUACAGAUUGUGUCAAUGAAAAGUGACAAAGAAAGUGCCUUUUUUACAUUGGAUCCUAGUGAUAUUGUGAAGUCAUUUGAAACUCAAUUAGAACAGCUGCCAAUGUCUCCUAGAGUUGCCCUUAAAUCUAGUGACUCAGAAAGAUUCACUGAGAGUACUACUUCAACUGUAAAUUCCACACCAGAUAAUGCUUCCAAAACACUUGCUGAGAAAACAUCCUUUUGUUCCAAGCGCACCCUUGAUUUAUCACAACCACUUAAAAGACAAACUUCAUUGGCUGCUGACACUAGGUCCAAUAGAGUACUAAGACCUAGAAAAGCCAAGGAUGGCUUAUCUGAUGUCCUGACUAAGAGUACCGCUGUGCCUAGUAACAGUUUGUACCUCUCUUUUGGUCACCAAGAACAUCAACCUUCAGGCAGCUAUCCUUCAUUUAAUCUUCUCUUGUCAGUCAUUUCAAAAAUUUCCAGCACCCAUAAGAUAGAACAGCAAAACAAUUUAGAAAAUAUAUUCUCAAAUGUUAAGGAGUCAUCUGCUUUGAGUGACAGUAUUCCAAAUGCAUUGGUGGGUUUAACGACAUUGGAUAGUGACACCCCAGAAUCAGAUGCAGUCACAGCUCUACUUUCAUUGGGUAGUGUAUCUCAACAAGAUGCUAUUGUACCACAGAAUGUUCAGAUUCUAACAGAGCAAGGUAAUCCACUGAAUGACACUGAUGAGAAUAUAAUUAAAUCAGACAGUAUUAAUUCCCUAAGUAGUGAUUCUAGAGGUAGUCUUGGUGAUAGAAGUGGUCAGAACUUUCUGUCCUAUUGUCCCUUGUUGGACAGUAGAGAACUUUUAGGUCAGGAAAGUGGAAGUAUUUCCAGGAAUAGUGAAGCUGAAAGGACUGUGAUCAACACUAAUUUCAGAGAUGAUGCUUAUAAAACCAAUGAAAAUACUUUUUUAACUUCGAUCUCUUGUGCAAGUCCAGAUAAGUUGAACAAUAUUGUAAGAAGUGUAAGUGUCCCGUUGUGUUUUUCAAACUAUCAGCCUUCCACACCUGGCGAUAAGCUUUCACUUGUUGAACUUAACUCUUCAGAUUUCAGCUUGCUGGAUAAACCCAAAAACCAUAAAAGAGAAAAUGUUUUGAUCCAAGGAGAAACACCCCAAGAAAUUAACACUCUUGAACUGAACACUACCAUGCAUCCCUCAUCUAUAAACAGACACGAUCUCACACAGAUAGCUACAGCUUCUAAUAGUCUUCAUCAGUAUUCUAACAACACUUUAUCAAACAUAAUUAAAACCAAUGACAUUGCCACACUGGAUGACAAUACUGUGUCGAAGAAGAGCUCAAGAAUGAAGAUUCCCAAUGUGAUUAUUUUAUCUUCAUCGUCAUCUCGAAGCCAGGGAAGCGCUCACCCUGGCCUGAUAAAAAGUAUUGGGUCUUGCAUUUUGCAACCUGAGAAAGUGAUAGUCAGACAUGAAGGGGAAAAAAGAAGUGUUAUCAUAUUGCCUUGCGAUGACCAGAGGAGUGCUGUGUCCACAAAGUUAACAGAAAUAUUGGAAAAAACAACAUUCAUCCAACCAAACAUAAACUUGGAUAAUGUCGUCAAUGUAUACGACGUGUCUAAUGGUUCAACAUCUUUGCAUGUUUCCGAGUACUGUCUUGAAACUAUGAAUCUUUGUUCUCAUCCUAAUCAAAAGGAUGUUGAUGAUAGGACUCUGAAAACUCUCACUGGUAACAACAAUGAUGUAACAGGAGUGCCUGUAACCCCACCGAUGUGUAUAGUACCACCUUAUAUUGUUAACAGCAGUGCUGAUACGCCAGAUAAUCCAGAUGUUGAGUUUUCAAAAAAAAAUCUUAGCAAAUCUGAUAGAUUCACUCUUCUUCAUCCACAAGUAGAUAGUGAAAUGCAGCAAGCACUUUUAAGUCGGCUGGUACAACAAGAUCAGUCAUAUCAAGAGAGAAAUAGGAGACAAAGUCAUGACCUAGCUAACAGGACUGCUGAAAAGUCUGUAAAACAUUGGACAUAUAAAGAGGUUGAAUCAUGGUUUUAUGCUAACGGUCUUGAAAAGGCUCUUCCAUUAAUAGGUGAAAAAAAUAGCAAAACUUUGAUGGAGCUCAAGACACUUCAAAAAUCCAGACCAAAGGAAUUCUUCAAGAAGGCUGCAGUCUACAGAGAUGCACUCCCACUAGAGAAGCUGUUGCAAUUUUCCAAAAUCUUAAGGGAAAUGGCUACAGAUGUGGAAAAGUGUCAGACAUUGGAGGGGUAGCUCAUGACAGACAGAAGGCUUUUAAACGUGUACUUAGCAUAAUAUUGAUUCGGUCAUAAAUUAUCUCAGCUAUGUGACCUACUGAGUUAUCUAAGAGUGAGCCUUAAGUUGAUUUAUGUUUUAAGUAAUACUGAGUCUUCAAACAUACUCUUUAUGGUCAGGGCUAGAGAUUCUAAUCAAUAAUUUUCUAGACACACUAUUAUACACUUUCGAAUGGUUUGAGUUAUUGACUAAUCUUUUUAUUUUUUUUUAGUUGAUUUUCUUGCAAAUAUAUAUUUAUGAAAAAAAAAAUCUUCAAUUUCAUUCAAGAUUAAUAGUUAAAGAUAAUCAAAUGUAAAAAACUAAUCAACACUAUGUGAACCUUUCCUACUUUUUAUAGUUUUUUUUUUUUUACAAUUUAUUUUGCAAUGAUUACUAGAUUUAAUUUGUUGCAACAUAUCAAAGAGCAAUAGUAAAUAAAUGGCUGUCUGGCCAUGUGCAAUGUGCAUUUGAUUGUUGUUGUCAUGAUGUCUCAAUUGCAAUACCUGCCGUCCCGCUGGAGGUUUGGUGCUACAUCAUAUUGAUUAUCGGUUUUGAAGGAAUGACUGAAAUUGACUUACAAAAUCAACUAUGUUUUUUUUAAAGGAAUUUUUUAAUACAAGUGUGUUGACAUAUUCUUUUUUAGAUCAAUAGUACCAAAUGAAUUUGUUGCAUAAUUUCUAAAGACAUCUCAUUGCAUUGGUGUCAACAUAACAGUGCACUGCACCCACAUCACAUUGCACUGGGGCCACAUAGCUGCAAUGUACCCACAUCACAUUGCAUUUGGGCCGCAUCACAUUGCACUGGGGUCACAUAUCUGCAAUGUACCCACAUCAAGUCACUGGGACCACAUAAAACCACACUGUACUCAUAUCAAAUAGCAUGGGUCAACAUAACUGUGCUAUGGGUGAGCUAGGUCCUAUUCAAAGUUCACUUUUAGUUAUUUAGUAUUAACUUUUAGUUAGGAGAAAUUGACUUAAGAUUAUCUUUUUAAAUGUGACUACACCUUGUGAAGCACAUUAAACAAAGGCUGAAACUAUUGAAUCAGAAAUUGUUACUCCAACCACUGUUUUUAUGAAAUUUCAUCUUGAUGAUUUAUUUUUGUAACAGUUUGAUUGAGUUUAAAAACUUUGUAUGAGAGGGAGUGUUAAUGUUAAGCCAAAUGUAAUUUAUUUGUUUGUUUCAAUUAAUGUCCAUAGAAAACUAUACAGUAUUUAUUUAUUUAUAUGGAACUAAACCAACAUUGUGAUACACUAUAUCAGUGGUAUGUGAUGCGCUAUGUCAGUGGUAUGUGAUGUGCUAUGUCAUUUGUAUGUGAUGCGCUAUGUCAGUGGUAUGUGAUGUGCUAUGUCAUUUGUAUGUGAUGCACUAUGUCAGUGGUAUGUGAUGUGCUAUGUCAGUGGUAUGUGAUACUCCAUGUCAGUGGUAUGUGAUAUGCUAUGUCAGUGGUAUGUGAUAUACAAUGUCAGUGGUGCUGGAAUAAAAAUGAAUUUACUGUUUUUAA